CGUCGAUUCUCUUCAUCGACUCUUGCAUCCUCACCUUCCCUCCUUCGCUCAUUCUCCCUCUUUUCUCUCCUCUCCUCUCCUCUUCGUUUCUUGUUCUCUACUCAUUUUUCCUCACCGUCACCUAGCUGCAGGUGCUUCGCUUCGUUGCCUCUCAUCCCAGCAAACGGGGCCAUGCCCGACGUUUCCAUCACCGCGCUUCAUGACCCCGUGUCCAUCGUCCACGUCCCCGUCAGCGCGGCGCCGGCGGCAGCGACCAAGAUCUUCUGGACGCUCGACCGCGCCGUCGCCGACGAGAGCGAGUUUUGCAACCUCACCUCGAACCGCAUUGAGAUCGCACUCUUCGCCCCAGCUCACCUCGUCGUAGAGGAGUGGGGCGUGCACCAGGAGGACGGUAUCGUCGUCAACGGCCCGUGGCGCGUAUUUGAGGUGGCGACUGGUGAUGCGGGUGGCGGCGGAGGCAACUACGACUCGCCGCACCUCCGGCACGUGUCCGCCCCACUGGCUGAGGCAGGCAUCUCAAUCCUCUACCAGAGCUCUUACUUUACCGACUUUCUUCUCGUAAAGAGCUCUGACUUUGAGCGCGCUAGUGCUAUUUUCCGUGGCAAGGGUUGGAACUGCGACCCCGUCUUCCUUCCACCGACUCGCCGACGCUCUGAACUCAUCCCCCCCGAUAUUGUGGCACAGGCCACCCUAAACAGUUCGCGCGUGGCAAGAGUCGACACGCCCGCUGACACGCCACCUGUGGCGGAAAUCACCGUGCUUAGCUCUCCGCUUGCGUGUAUCGGUCUUUCAGCUGAUGUGGAGGCAUCGUUAUCUGACCGGCUGCGCAAGCUCCUGGUGUGGCCUGAGCGCUCGGUACUCGCCCUCGAGCGUGCACGCGGCAGGAAGGCAGACGACGCGGCCGACGCGUUCGAGCGGCGCAACCGUUCCAAGCGUGCCGGGAACUUUGGGAACAGCAACAGACCAAGUCUGGCGGCUGAGGCGUCCGCACGAGCCCUCACUCGCCCUAGGCCCUUCAUCUCAUACACGCGCACCGAGGACGGCUCAUCCGUGAUGACCGAAGUCCGCGUGCUGCGUGCGAUGCUGAGUGCGGCGGAGCGUGCAGACCUAGGCGCACCCGAGCUUGAAGGCAGUGAUUCUGAGUGGAGCGAUGACGAGGUUGACACGCCGGCAUCCAUGGCGUCGGAGGACGAGGUCGCCAGCUCGUCACGUUCAUCACGCGGCCGCACCACUUUGUCGCAGUCGGGGUACUCGCUGCGCGGGCGCGACGCGACAGAGAUCCCCAUCCACUGGGCGACACCGCCCAGCACACCCAGCUCCGCCCGCUUCACGGGCGUCGGCGUUUUCACUCCAAUCAUGCGCAGCGCCUCAGGCUCAGGUAGCACGGAGCGCGAAGCGCGUCGCCGCGAACACUCCCGCGCCGGGGUGCUGUCGGAGCGCGAUGUGGAGCGGGCGCGUGAGCGCGAGUACGAGCGCGAGCUGGAGCGUGAAGCGCAGCGCGAAUACCGGAGCGCGCGCGAGGCGUCGCUUUCGCGCCUGUCGGCGUCGAGCCGGUCCUCGCGGAGCCAGCACUCGCGUGCGCGCAGCGACACUGUCUCGGUCGGCGUGCUGCAGCACCGCGCUUACCAGGGCGGGCUGGGAUUCGUGGAUCCGCGUGUGCGGCGCGCGUCCGAGGGCGGGCCGCGCGAGUGGGUGCCGGACGCGACCGAGGCGGCGGACGAAGCGAUCGCGGAAGACUCGAGCGGCGAGAGCGAGCGUGAGCGCGGCCGCAUGAUGCGCUGCCUCCAGCUCGACCUGCGCGCCGUCGGCCGCGGCGCGUACCAUCUCGGUACGUCCAGUCUUGGUGCGUGUGCGCGUGGCGUGGCUGACGGCAGAUAAGAGUGGACUGGUGAUGCGCUUCUCGGACCAGCUGCACCGCGGCGGCGUGCGCAUGCUCUACUCGUCGACGACGCACACGGCCAACAUCCUCGUCGAGGGACGCGACG